CCGAGGUGGGCGGGGAGGUCAGGUGACCCGGCCGGCGUCCCAAGAUGGCGGCAGCGACGGCGUCCGGGAGGCCGGGGCGGCGAGCCGGCUGCUGAGGCAACUCUGGGCCACUGACGGGGGACAGGUCGGGCUGACGACCGGCGGACGAGCGGCCGCCGCUUCUGUGCACCCGGCGGCUGGGGCUGGGCCGUCGGCGGCGGCGCCGGGGAUGCUCGUGCUGGGCCGGGCCUCUCUCUUCUCAACUUAGGGCGGAGGCGUCCAGUGCUCCUGGCGCCCCGGCCAUGGCGCUCAGGGAGCUCAAAGUGUGUCUGCUGGGGGAUACAGGUGUAGGGAAAUCGAGUAUCGUCUGGCGGUUUGUGGAAGACAGUUUUGAUCCCAACAUCAACCCAACCAUAGGGGCAUCUUUUAUGACCAAGACUGUCCAGUACCAAAAUGAGCUACAUAAAUUCCUAAUCUGGGAUACAGCUGGACAAGAACGAUUUCGUGCCUUAGCGCCAAUGUACUACCGAGGAUCGGCUGCAGCUAUAAUCGUGUACGAUAUCACUAAAGAAGAAACAUUUUCGACUUUAAAAAACUGGGUGAAGGAGCUUCGACAGCAUGGCCCACCUAAUAUUGUAGUUGCCAUUGCAGGAAAUAAGUGUGAUCUUAUCGAUGUCAGAGAAGUCAUGGAGAGAGAUGCUAAGGACUACGCUGACUCCAUUCAUGCGAUUUUUGUAGAGACCAGUGCAAAAAAUGCGAUAAACAUAAAUGAACUCUUUAUAGAAAUUAGUCGAAGAAUUCCGUCCACCGACGCCAACCCGCCAUCUGGCGGUAAGGGCUUCAAACUCCGAAGACCACCGUCAGAGCCAAAGCGGAGCUGCUGUUGACGAGCCUCAGCCUCUCAGACUUGAUGAUGUAAGUGAGCCUGAAGUUGGCAGGAGGGCUGCAGGCCCUGCCGAGCUGCUCUUGAGUCUUCUUCAUAAAAAAGGACUCGCAGACAUUGACCAGUGUGUUCUCUGAAGACUGCAGCAGUGUAUUUCAGUCUGUGGACUUGUACUAUGUCAAGAAUGGUAUACAAAGGGACUACAUCAUUGGCUUUUGACCUUGCUGAAAGGAACAUCUAAUUGUAUGGAUGGUAGGGUUAAAUUGCUGAGUAGUUUUGUAAUCAGGAUUUUAUGUAACAUUUGUAAAGGGAAAAUUAGCACUUUCAUGGUUUUUGGGAGGGAGACUUUGUGGAGAUUAUCAUUUCUUUGGUUUUCCAUCGCCACUGUUAGAGGGAAUUGUAUCAUUUAAAAUGUAGAAUUUUGCAAGUGGAGAGCUGGCAGUUAUUAUUUAAAAGUGAAAUGGGUUAUUUAUGGGAUGGAUGCAGACAAUGACAUCUCCGCCAUCUCUGAUGCACUUUCAUUGAGUGUGUUAGCCUAAGACACAUGCAGUAAGCUGACAGCAUCGCGCAGCCACCGCCUCCCGGGUUUGCUUCUCACUCUGCUGUGUGUGUGGCACCAGACGCACUGUCAGCACCACUUUCAGUAAGCUCUCGUGAACACGGUGGUGGUGGUAGAGAAGCUGCCUGCAGUGAAUCAGACUGCCGAUGUUCUAAACUGACGGCAUAAAAAGCAAGGAGACGAAAGAAAGUACAGGAAGUAAUGUAAAUGCUGUCGAUUUUUUAUUUAACCCAAGUAUUUUGGUGGGGAAACAAGUUGCUUCGCAUAUGUAAAGUCACAGUCUAUAUUUAUGAGACCAUUGCUUAAAGAUUCUAUGUAAAUACAUUAAUUAAUUGUUUCAGUACUCCUGCAGGAAUCCUGCACAUGCCCACCCAUUUCCCAGCCUGUCUGUGGGAUAUUCUGAGGCACGUACGUGUUGUGCAGAGACGUAAGGGUGCGUAACUCAUAGUCUUCUGUGGUCUCUCUGCCUUCCUUUCUGCCCACCCUUCUUCCCCCACAUCCCAUCUGGAAAUAAUAAUAAAAAACACGUGCUACUUUGACAAGUCCUUCCUAGCCUGGGGUAAAAGAGGAAGCUCCAGGCGCAAAUCAUUUACCUGGUUUUGGUAAUAAGUUUCUUUUAGCUUUUACAGCAACCUCGGACCAACUGUUUUAAGGGCACUUUCCUUGUUAACAAUUUAGCUUUUCUCUCUGUUUCCUUUAUUUUCCCCUGCUUCUGUUAGUGGUUAACACUCUUUUCCCUCAGGGAGCCUAAUGAGGUUUUUAAUAUAAUCUAAAAAUAAAGCACUGAAGUGAAGUUAGUGAAAAUUUGUUCCUGGUCUAAUUUGGCACCCUUCCAACCUGAGUAUUUUAAGAGAAGGAAAUUUACAAGAUUAAAUAGGAAAUGAAACAGCUUGAAUUUCAUACUAAAUUGUGUUUUCAGAGCUAUCCUUAAACUGAACAGUCAAAACUUUUAAAAAUAAAUUGUUAUUUCUUUGUGUCCCCCCAUUUUAUAUGUAUAGAUUUCCAUGGGAAAAUUAUAAUUCACAUUAAGUAAGAAACAAAACCUUUUCCUGUACAUCUCGAGCAUCUGAAGGUUGUUUUCUGCUUACUAAAAUCGUAUCGAAAGAAAACAGUAAGUGAAAAUUCUAAUGUUGUUCCAUAUAAAGUACAUGUAGGUUCCAUAUCUUCCCAGUGUUUUGUUUCAAGCCAGCAUUAAAUUGGCAACUUGUAGAGAAACUGUGUGAUUCCCAGGGCUGAACUGUUUAUUCCUAAAGGUGGCUUAAUUACAUUUUAUGUACCUUCAGAUGGUUCCAGGGCAUGCCCGCACCACCCUGGUCUGUCCCUAGCAGUCCCAACUGCUAGGCCUCUGUCUCCAUGACAACAAAACAAAAACAAAGGUUUCUUGAUUUAUUGCAGAAGAGGCCAUGCCUGUGUGGCCUUUCUUGCCUUAUUUCACCAAAAAAAAAAAACCCCACAAAUGUAUGACCUUCACCAAACCUGCCAUUAGAUGCUGGUCAUCCCCUGGUGCCUCUGUAAAUGCAGUCUUCUGAGCCUCGUCUGAAACCUGUGAUGCAUCUCAGCAUGAUUUUCUAGCCCACUACUAGGCCAUCUCUUUGACUCUUUGCAGCUGGUCUUUCUUGCUGGUUUCUCUUGCUGACUUUUAUACCCUUGCCCAUAUGUAGAAGUAAUUCUGUUUGACCACAGCCACAUGUCUUAUUAAAAGCACAAGUGGCAUGCGUGGCGUUUGUGUUUGUGCAUUGCUAAGAUGCUUUGCCCUAAUUUUCAUCAGUCCAUCCAAGAUAUUGGUAAGGCACUGUUCCUCUUGUUGUGUUAGUCUAAUGCUUAACAAUGAAAAGUGUUUGUAUCUCAGAUCCGUAAAUCACGUUCAGUAAAAACAGGGUGAAAAGGUCUUGUGAGGACUUCGUGUCUAAAAUGGAAAAAUGAUUAUUAAAGUCAAUCAGUGCUUUAUUUUAAACACAUUUUUUAUUAACCUAAGCAGUGAUCAGAAAAUUAUGAGAAAAAGCUAGACUUCAAAGAAAUUAGAACCUAUCUGUAAAAAUCUUUUGGUUCCCUCAUAGCACAGCCAUUUUUUAAAACUUUGGGGACUAAACAGAAGGGGAAAAUCAUUAAUUAGCUGCAAGUGUGUAUUGAUUCUUUUCAGAGAAAUUGAAAUAAGCUCUUUGCAGGUGUCCAAUCCUAGAAACCAUUGGUCUACAGAUCUCUCCUUUUACAUAAGUGUUUUUCUGAUUCUCUGAUAACUAAUUAGCUAUCAUGUGAUUAAAAGAACAUAAAGUAAGAGUAUGAUUAAGUGUCCUUCAUUUUAAACUCUCUGUAACAAGUGAUUGGGGAGAAGUACCUACUGCAGGCUCUUCUGUUUCCAAGUGAAACCUCCAUCACCUGCUUGUCAGCCACCGUCGGGAUAAAUUCUGCACAGAGCAGCUGCAAGAUUUAUUCCUUUUAAAAUAAGAAAUGUUCCCUGUGUGUGAUGCCUCUUCUCUCACUGUGCUCAUACUUCUUGGACACCUACCCAGGUCUGAUAGGGUCUAGCCUUUUACAUCAGACAUUGAUCUCCUUAAGCUGCUAGUGUCCUUCUUAAGAUUAUCAGUUCUCUUUAUUUUUAAAUAUAUCAAGGGGAAGAAAACCAUGCUUAAUUUUAGAAAUUCUCUUCUAUAUCAAUUUCUUGUCUCAAAAAAAUGUAUCUAGAAGGCCUCUUAAAACUCUGAGACAUACAGUAAUGAAAAUGUCCUUUACACAGCUAUUUCAUGGUUUUCCUGGAACUGUCACCCAGAAUGUGGAUGUUUACGGCCUUGAGUUGAAAUGGCUAAGUCAGUUUUGUAUUAACACUGCCCUAAUUGGGAUGUUGGCCUCCAAAGGGCAUUUGUUCGGUUAUAUGUACCUUUCACAUUCUAAGACUGGAUUGCAAAAGGCUAUGUAAAUCCUGUUGACCACUUUGUCACUUGUUCUUUUCCAAGCAAGGACAUGAUGCACGGCCCUAGAUCAUGAGCUAUAGGUACACAGUGUGUUAUUUCUGUAACAGAUGAGCCCAUGAACAUCCAGCUGUCUCAGUAAGCCCUGGGUAAAUAAUGAGAGAAUUAUUUUUCUCCCAGAGCAAAGUUACUGGAAAUCCCUUAGCCUUGUCUGUGCUAAAUACCAGCUUUGGAACAUUUGGAGAAAGGACAGCCCACACACUCAGGCCAGCUUUCCUUUCUAAACUCAUUAGGCUGUGAAUGUUUGUCCUGACUGACAGUAGAAACCCAGAUAGUGUAAAUUACUUAAAUUUGUUUUAAAGGGAUGAGCAACACAAUUUUUGUUUACUGUCUGAUUUUUAAGAGGUACUCUACCUCUUAACGGUUAAUAGGUUUUGAAGGAAAAAAUAGGAUGUAUCUUCAAGGGUCAAGCUGUUAAGUAUAUACCUGCCUUCAAUCAGCUUGGUUCAUCAAAAAAUGUUUACUAGGGCUCAGUGAUAGAGCACUGGCCUCCCAUAUGCAAAGCCCUGGGUUCUAUCUUCAGCACUGCAAAAAAGAAAAAAAUCCUUAAUGAUUCAAAAUAAUGUCAGGGUAUCCUGUGAUACGUGAUUUAAAAUAUAUGUAUAUUCCUAGCAGAAAAUUAUAGAGGAGAUAAACAGUAUACUGUACGGUUUUAGAAAAAAGAAGUGAGGACAGAAUUUAGCCUAGGACUUAAAAAACAAUCUCUGCAAAUUUCUUUUGACAGCAGAGUUGCUUGUCUUGACUUCCAGUAAUAGAAAACCAGGCAAUUUGAUUAUCUGAUUUGCAAGAAAUGUUAAUGAAAUUCCAAGGCAUUUGUCCUGUUUUAUGUGCAAAUGAAAGUCUAAAAAAUAUUAGAAAGGCAUUACGUUUUUCACUCGCCUCCAUUUUUUUCAUCUAAGAGAAUGAAAAGUGAGAGGUCCAUUGUGAUGAAGUUUCAUUAAACAUAAUAAGGAAAGUGAAUAAAUAGAACCCAGAAUCACCAUAUUUCUCAGUUCAGACUUUAGGACUCACUUAGCACAUAGGAAAAUGAUUUACUUUCUAAAUCUAGAAGGACUUCUAGUCACAUAGAUCAAAUUUAAUUUGAUGAUCUGUUCCAUCAGAAAUAACUAAUAUCUAUGUUCUUUCCUUUCAGAGGAUAAUCAGUUACAGAUAGGCUAGAAUAUUUUUGGCUUCAAAACAAAAGGAGUUAGAAGUUUAAUUUUAAAAAUCUCAAACCUUUCAUCUGUUUCUUUUGUUAUGUUGAGCAUUUUCAAUAGUAAGAUUAGGAUACACCAACAGUAGAUGAAAUUAAAACCGUGAUGUGUAACAGAUUUAAUACAAAAAAUUUUAAUUUGUUGCUAGUUCAUUUUGAGAUGUUUGAUACCCAGUGCCUCAUCAAAAUGCUUCAUAAUUGCAGUAAACAAAAUUUGGGGUAGCUUUCCGGGAAGGAGAAUUCAGGUGCCAUGUCCUUUCUGCCAAUUAACAGAAAGUCUUAAGAUAGCAAUUUUUUGAUAGAACCUUCUUUAGCUGCCAGUUCUACACUGUAGACCUUAAUGCCCUCCAUAAUCAUGCAAUAGAAACAAAACAUGCUGGUUUGAUUAAAGCUGUUUCUUGAUUCAGGGACUUUCCAGUGUUUAAGGAAACGUUUAAUGCAAAACUUUGGAGCAAAUUAUCUUUAAAAUAGCAUUUCAUGUAUGGGGCCAGUAAUCUUCACUUAGAAUUGACGUUGCCAAGGAAACCUCUGAAGCCUCUGAAGACACGUUGUGUGGGAGCUGGGUUACAUCUUCCCCAAGCCCAGUUCGGAGCUGACUGGUCCCCCAGCUGGAGUAGGGCCCACUGGGGUUUGCACCUGUGCCUCUAGGGAGCAUCCUCUGCCCCUCUUUCCGUGGCAACAUUUGACUUUGCCUUGGGCCGUCCACCUAAGAUACUUGGCCAUUAUUAAUUUUUUAUUAAGUUUUUAAUCAUUCGUAUCCCAUGGAAUUUUUUUUCAAAACAUCACUUGAAUGUGUUGACGCUUGCUUCCUUCCUGUAUGACGUUAUUUCAGAGUUCAUGAAACUUCAUGUCAGAGGGACCCGUCCACUAACAGUGGGAGAAAGUUAUAGGCAGCUGGCCGGUCAGAACAACUGAUGGUGACUCUAUUUUUAAACCAUUUGUUGUCAGUGAAGACAAUUUCGUUGCCCUGGAAGAGGUCUUGGAUUUUGUGUGGUAGCUGUCGUUUGCUCUCAUCCAGCUCAGUCCUUCUGUCAUGUCACUUUCUCCGUCACUCACACAGUCAUCAGUCUUCCCUCGGACCUGGAACAUUUACAUCUGCCUUCCUGUGAUUGCAGCAGGCUUCCUGUCUUUCUUCUUUUACUCUUCUCAGUGUCCUGAAAGUUUUCCUUAGAGACAUGCUGGACCAGCGCCCUCCUCACCACCCAUGACAUGCACCCCUGUGACCUUCUGUGGUCACAGUGACAGGGCUGGCCCGCUCUGUGCAGCAGGAAGGCAAGCACAUGCAGCACGGCGAGAAAUGCAAAGACCAACUGAGGUAAAGAACCACAGGGCUCCAGAAAGGGAGUGGGCAGCCUUGACUCAAUUGCCAAAAUGCUUUUCACUGGUGAUAGGAUAAUUAGCUUAAGUGUCAGAACUUCUUGAGUUUGUAAUAGAGCAUGUGUUAAAGUGUGUAAAAGUCCAGAUUAAAAGUCUGGAACAGAAACAGCUAUAGAGAUGAGCCUAGACAUUAAAAAAAAGAGAGAGAAGCUAAGUCAUCAUACCAGCAAUUCUUAUUUCUCCUAAGAAUAUCAUGCCUUUUCAAGACCUGAUGUAAGGAGUAAGAUAUUUGUGCCUUUUUAUAAUAGCACCUAUUGCGAAUAACAUUAAGUUGCUUAAAAUGUUAGCUGCCAUGUAACACAGUAAACAAGCUUAUAACUGUGGCUUCACACUGCAUGAUGAACUGCCUGAAACACUGUAAUGAUGGUUUGCCAAGCUUGUGUGGAUGUUUGAAGACUUUAUGUUUGCGGUCUCAAUCUUGGGCUGGACCUAAGUCUAUGUAAAUCAUAUGAUGUCUGUAUGUUUGUAGAUGCUGAUAGAACAAAACUAAACCUUUGGCUUUUCGUUGUAUAAUUUUUUUAUACUCAUGCUAGUAGUAGGCAGUUUGCAAAUGAAGGUAGAGUUGGCAUACUUUUUGAUGAUACUGUUUUAGCUUGAAUAUUCUAUAAUCAACUUUUUAUAGAGUAUAACAUGCUAAAUCACUAUAAAAUUUGUUCUAAGAAGGGUGUAAAAACUUUGUUAAUAAAAUAUUAUGUUUACAAAUA